AUGCAUGCAAUCGAUACAUCCGAUGUACUCCAUUGCGAGGCGACAAAAAGUGAUCUGCAGCUAUUUCACGAUCAGGCCGUUCAAGAUUUCCUCAUUUUAUGCAUCAUACACAGCGUGGCAGACGUUCAUAUUGUGUGUAGCUCAUCCGCAUCAGUGGCUUCCCGCUUCCCCAGUCUCCCAUCAACCGGCCCCACUGAUUCCGUCACUAGUGGUCAAGCCAAUCGGCUACAAAGCGAAGCGGCCACGUUGGUACGUCGUUUGGUGACCAGCGGACGACUGUUUCCUAUCACCCUGAGUGCCCAAGCCCCGGAGGCCUUUUUCACCGCUCACGGUUCACUGUUGUGUGAACCAGAGCAUCGCCUAUUCCCCGCACUGCUCUAUUUUAUCGAUCAGCUCAUCACAAGUCCUUGUGGUAGCUCGCCGGGUUUGGCCACUGCUCCAGAUUUGUCCACCUCGGUUCGGACAAUCGGCUCUGCUCUGUACACGGCUCUGUUCUGUGCCUCAGCCUGUCUCGAGACGCAACGACAAGAUAUUGUCAUUCAUCUGGUUCGUCACGCGUUGGCCGCUUUACCGGACCCGGACAAAAUUAGCGGCCGUGUUCGACGUGGAACCAGUAAACAGAAAGCAGUAUCACGCACCGGUCUUCUGACCCUCUUCCAUUUGGCACGUUCAAAACCAUUGGAUUUAUCUCAAUUCGACACCAUCCUUUUCGGCAUGAUGGAUCGAUUGAUGCGUGUUGUCACAGCCAUGGCAGGUUCCGCCGCGGUAUUAGAUUCGAGUACUGGUGCCUGUCAAACGGAUCGGGCAUACGCGAGUAUGAUGGAAAUGGCCCGACGUAUAUUGCUCAUCUUAGCCUGGAUGGGUUUCUGUAAUCGGGAACAAAAAUUUAUGCAAGAAAAAUUGUUGUCCACGCUUCGAAAACAGUUGUCCGGUUCAUGUUUGAUUUCCAAAGCACUGGGUGUUGUCGGGGCCGUUGUGGUUCUGGAAACAAUAUGUCGCCGAUGUUCGACAUCCUCCUCGGUCGAUCCGGAGCCUGCCGCAGACGUGCACGUAUCUACACAAUACGAUGAUUCCAUUGUUCUAGCCAGUCAGCUGGCACAUGUGGAUCACGGACGAGCAAGCACAUCGACUACCAGUACUUCUCGAACUAGCAACACGAGUUGUUUGAGCCUGCGUGGCCCGGGAACCGGGAUGGCCGAUGAUCCACACGAGAUUCACCUCCCAAUUGAGGACACCGAGGAAGAUGCGGAUGAUCUUGACGAGCACGGUCGAACCACACGGACGAUCUCAGAUAGUGCACUUGUUCCUCCGCGUGUCCACACUCCUCCCUCCCGAUUGUUACUCCAGUUGAUCGGUCUUGUCGAACAUGCCACCGGGUCCCACUCUCAGCUAUAUGCUUUUUGGCUCGACCAACUCAGUGCUUGUUUCAGUCGACUUGCUCAGUACCGGUCCGCGGAGAGUCCGAACACCCCGCCCACAACCCCGGCGCCGAAAAACCCAUUGAAAAGCGAUGUUUUGUUUCAGUGUUUCGCUGGAAAACCAGUAAAUCGGAAUGACUUUGUAAUGGACAAUUCGUCUUUGGAGGACUACAACUGUCAGUUGAACCUGAACGAUCCGUCCAUGUGCGAGGUGGCCGUAGCAAUCGGUCCCACAUGGCGUCCCUAUCGAAAUAGUUUGCGUGAGCAUCGGAUUGGCCAGUCGGUCAGCUCCCGAGGUCAGAAGGUGCUCUAUCCGCCAAACCCGUUGGCUCUUCCGUCUCAGCUUAAACUAAUCGGAGUGACCGAAUCGGUUCGACUACACGGUCGGCUUGACGCCAUUGAUGCACUUCUUGGUUGUCCACUACUUCUCGCUGUCCAGUCCCAAACGUCCACAGACGUAUCACCAACCGCGUUUCUCCCGUUCAAACCGGAAGAAAAAGAGGAUGAAGCUUACCUGUUGCUAGCUUCCAUAAACUGUCGCAAACCGACCGGUCUGAAAUCUAAAUGUGCUACUAAAACCGGCGAAUUACGCGCUGCUGUACGUUCUCGAACCACAAAAACCAAACGACCUCGUCACGAGUCAGGCAGUUCGACGGACGUGCAUGGCACCACCACCCUCACUCAUGACGGUAACGCGAGUGAUGUGGAUUUGGACGACUCGGCGGAACGAAGCGGUGAUGAUGACGACGACGAGGAGGAGGAGGAACCUGAGGAAGGAAGUCGUUUGGACGGCACGAACGUCGAUGGAGACAAACUGAGUGGGAAACAUACGGGAAAAUCGGUGCUCGGCCUGAGCGCGUGGCCAUGGAUCUCCGAGGUGACCCAGUUCGGUGUGCGCACUCGUCCAGUGGAGCUAACGGAUCGGAGCGUUUUAUCUGGUGCUGUGGAUUGGGUCACUCUCUCCUGGUUGAUGGAUGAUUUGCAUCGGAAACUGAUCCAUCUUUCCGACGCCAACACCGCCACGCCAACCGGGUGGUAUGCGUUCGAACAAUUGGAUCACGUGGAUCCGCGAGUGCGCUCAAUUCUACUGCUACACUUGAUUCCGCAUCUUCAGCGUGUAAUGAAAAUGGCGAUUGAAUGCCUGAUCGGUAAUCGCCAUUUGUCUGAUUGUGACCUCAUCCCCACGUCCUCUUCCAGUAGUAGUAGUAGUAGUUCAGAGGAUGAAACUGCCCCGUCCAACACUCCGAUUCCCGUGCGCCUCAAUCGAUCCAAACAGACAGACAUCCCUGAGCGACCGAAGUCAUCCUCACAGACGAUCCGGACUGCAACGAAUGAAAAUCCUGGUCCAUUCGUAUCGAACAUAGUCUGUUGCGGAUUGUCCUCGUUGUGGAUGCUCUGUUGCGGUCUGCGUGUUCCCGGCCCCAGUCUGGUCGACUUGAAACCACGUGCAACUGUGACGAGUGCGGCCCCGCGCAACAGCUGUUCAUUCAUUGCUGCUUGUAUUGGUCGAUUGGCUAAAGCAUGCCUCCAUGCCGAGGCACCUGUCGUUAUCCGUGUCCCGGAACUCACUGCGCGUGACAAACGCUGUCUCUCUUCGGACUUACACACUGUUCUGGACUGGUUAUUUGCCAUGGCCCCGGACGGUUUGCCACAUAUCGCUGCGGCCGCCCUGCAUUGUCGUCUUGUCACGUAUCUGACUGAUUUAUAUUGGAACAGUAGUUUACGGGCCCACGCGACACCAGAUGCCGGUACAAGCGAUGCGAAAUGGUCUCCGGACUUGCUUGUGUACACAAAAUCGUUAUUGGAUCAAGAAUGGGACACUUCGGUCAAGUGGAAAAGUAAGUUCUCCAUCCCUUUUUGUUUUCUGACUGUACACACACAAAUGCGCGCGCACGCACACGACUACUGGUGGUGUUUUGGUUCGCUUGCUUGUUUUCUGUUGUCUGUACCUUCUGUAAAUCAAUUGGUCGAAUAUCAUUUCAUAUUGCCCAAGUGA